GAAACAAAAGAAUCCAGCAGCGAGAGGACCGUCCUUGUGGAGACGACGAAGAAAUCGUUGGAGAAAACUGGGUACAAUGUGACGAUUGCGGACAGUGGUAUCAUCAUCUGUAAGUAUAUUUUUAACUCCCUAUAUGUUUAUUCUGUGUUGACAAAUUGCACAUAAAAACCGUAUACAUACAGAUACCAUAUAGCAAUUAGCUAAAUACAUAUCGUGGGUGUAUUUCUACAAGUAAUCUUUAUUUAUAUUUCAGGAAAUGCACGAAUUUAGAGAAAAUUCCGCCGAAAAAACAGAAGUGGUUCUGCAGUGAAAAAUGUACACAACAAAUAAAGGAAAAGAGAUCCAAACAGCGGAAAUAA